AUGGGGAAGAAGCGAUACGGCGAUUCAUCAUCGGAGUCCGAUGAUGAAGCUGAGAAAGUUCGUCGCAGUCGGCGAUACUAUGAAGAUCCGGACCUCCCGCCUGUUAGAGAUGUUGCUUCCCCCAGCUCUCCGACUGAAAACUUUCGCUUUCUUUUUUCUCGCCCUGAUUCCCCACUGCCGGAACGACCAUUGGUCGACUACAGUACCUGGGUAUAUGUUUAACU